CUAUAUCAGUACUACUUUAAAUAUAAUUAAAUUAAAAACAUUAUUAAUAUACUAUAUAUGAAUUAGAUAUUUUGUUAUUUUGAUAUCUGUUAUUUGUGGUUCAGUUUCGAAUUUCUGACUUCACAUUCGAGUACAUAUAAAAUCGUAUAUAAUAGAAUUAGUUAUGAUUGUCAUGUUUAUGCCACGUGUUAUGUUUAAGAAAGAAGUAAAGAGAUUGAUUUCUACAAUGACACACAAAUUUGCUGCUAUCUGUCAAAUGAGAUCUAUAAAUGAUAAGCAAAAAAAUUUAGAAGUAGUUUCCCAAUUAAUUCAUGAAGCUAAGCAAAAAAAUGCUUGCAUAGCAUUCUUCCCAGAGGCAUGCGAUUAUAUGGCUGAAAAUAAAAAAGAAGUAAUUGAAUUAGCAGAACCUUUAAAUGGUCCAACUGUUACUUGUUAUAAGAAACUUGCUGCCCAAAAUAAUAUUUGGUUAUCAAUGGGUGGUAUUCAUGAAGCAUUACCUGAUGAUAAAGAAAAAGUCUCCAAUACACAUAUUUUAAUUGAUAAUGAAGGCAAUUUAGUUUCCAAAUAUCGUAAAAUACAUUUAUUUGAUAUGGAUAAUAAGGAAACAGGUUUACGUUUAAUGGAAUCAGAUUAUGUUGUAAAAGGAGAUGAUAUAAUACCACCUGUUUGUACACCAAUUGGUAAUGUGGCUCUAAGCAUUUGUUACGACAUGCGUUUUGCUGAACAAUCUUUACUUUUAAGAAAUAUGGGAGCACAAAUUCUCACUUAUCCUUCAGCAUUUACUUUUCAAACUGGUGCUGCACAUUGGGAAAUAAUAUUACGCGCAAGAGCUAUAGAAACACAAUGUUAUGUAAUUGCAGCAGCACAAACAGGCGCUCAUAAUAAGAAACGUAUGAGUUGGGGACAUUCUAUGAUCAUUGAUCCAUGGGGAAUAAUCCUGGCACAAUGUGCUGAGAAAAUAGGUGUAGCUGUAGCAGAAAUAGAUUUAGAUUUAUUAACUAAAAUUCGAAAAAAUAUGCCGUGCGAAGAACAUCGUCGUACAGAUUUAUACUCGUUAAUAAGAUGUCAAAAAUAGUGAUUUUUAUAAUUGCUUUGGUAUUUAAAAUGAUUUAUUUUAUAUUUAUUUAGAUGUUAGAUAUUUGUACAUAAUAGAAUUUACUACAAUGUUUUUAAAUUAAUAUAAAUUACUCAUGUUAUAUUAAUUAUAUGAUAUAAAUCAUUCAUUUAAUGUUUUUAGAAACAUGUUGAACUUUUCAUAGCACUUCAUAAGAAUAUACUAUAUUGUUUAUGAAAAGAUUGGCUAGUAGAAUAUUAAGUUUUACUUUGAUGAUAUAUACUAUCACUUGUAUCCAGCUUACUAUGAGAUCCUGUAAAAUCUGUGUCUACUCCUUGUAAUGCCCAAUUAUGUUCACAUAUUUCUAAAGCUUCCCAUUCAGAUUUAAAAGCUGCUUUCGGAUCUGGUGGCAUCGACAUUGCUGCACCCGAUACUUGAUCUUGUAAAAGUCUAGAUGUAUCAGCAGCAUUAUUUUCACCAAGUACAAGAGUGUAGAUAGAACGUAAUCCAAAUACA